AUGCCAAAGAAGGGGACUAAAUCUAAGAAGAAGGAGGUGGACGAUGUGCCCAAUCAACAAGAAAAUAAGCUUCCAGACUACCUGGAGCUCCAGCGCACACGCGUUGUCUGCAAUGAUGAUGCCCCCAUUUAUGUACACACAUUUAUAUGCCACUCUUCUUUAAUGGCUUUUCAUUUGUUGAUCAUGAUCACCUUCAUCACUUUAGCUUUGCACAUGUUUCCUUGUGAAAUUGUCUGUUUGGUCUGUUUGAUAUAUUGUCUUGCAUACAAACUUAAUUUCACAUAUAUGCACAGAUAUUUUUACAUUAAGCGUCUAAUUGACUACAUCACAGAAUACAACUCAAGGUUACCAACACUGGGUACAUUUGCUGCUAUGGGAGUUGAUAAUAGCGUGUCAGUGGAGAAGUUUUGCAAGAACUUCAAAAUCGAAAUAAAUCGUCUCACUGAAGAUGAUAUGGAGUUCGAUAUGAUUGGUAUUGAUGCAUCAAUAGCUAAUGCUUUCCGGAGAAUCCUUAUCGCAGAGGUUCCUACUAUGGCAAUUGAGAAAGUCUUCAUGGUUGACAACACCUCAGUUAUAGCAGAUGAGGUUCUUUCACAUAGACUAGGACUUAUACCACCACUUGAUGCAGAUCCAAGACUCUUUGAUUAUAUCUCAGUGAAAUCAAGUGAACUAGAGUGGUUACCAGAAGGUAGCCAAUUAAGCAUGUCAGCCCCUGCACACUCUGGGGACAAACAGAAGACUUUCACUUCCUUCAGUCAAAGCCAAAAGGAGAUCUUAGAAAAGCCUCUUGGUGUGAAGUUUAAAGAUAUUACUAUUGCCAGGCUUGGGCCAGGACAGGCUAUUGAAUUCGAGGCACAUGCUGUUAAGGGAGUUGGGAAAGUUCAUGCCAAGUGGUCUCCAGUUGCGACGGCCUGGUACAGAAUGCUCCCUGAGGUUGUUAUUCUUGAAGAAAUUAAAGGUGCUCAAGCAGAGGAGCUAGUGAAGAAAUGCCCAGUUAACGUUUUUGACAUUGAAGACCUGGGUAAUGGUGGAAAGAGGGCAGUUGUUGCAAAGCCAAGGGCAUGCACACUCUGUAGAGAAUGUAUCAGGCCUGAAGAGUCGGAAGAGUCCACCGAGGGCGCGUCCGAAGCCCAGGAGUCAUCUGCGCCCUGGAAGCAAAUCGAGCUACGGCGUGUUAGAGACCACUUCAUAUUCACCAUUGAGUCCACCGGAAGUCUGCGCCCGGAGGUGCUGUUCACAGAAGCCGUGAAGAUUUUGGAAGAGAAGUGCGAGAGGGUCAUAUCUGAGCUAUCCUGA